CCCAACCACGACCACGACCGGGACAGCCACAGAGCUUGUCCUCGUCGACGCCCACGAUGAGCAGGCGAGACUCUCGCCUUUCUCUUAAUGUCCGUCAGAACGACGCUCUCAAUGAAUUCGAAAACUUUAAGAAGAAAUUCCUGCUUGCCAAUAAGCAUAUCACCAAACUUAACUCAACCCUCAGCGUCCGCAUCGAGGAGCUUAACGCUCAAAUAUCCACCCUAUACGUCGAGAACCUCCGACUACGAGCAUCCGAGAUUGCACUCACGGCACAACUGAAGAAAGAGCAGGAAAAGUCUAGGAAAAUAAUGGCUGGGGCUGAAGCUGCAACUGCUAAUUUGGUCAAACAUCUGACUUUUUUGCGGCAGUCAUUUGGUAUUGCACCCGGGGUGGCUUCUCCUCCUAAAGAAGCCAAGCAAGCACCCAGAGCUCGUCGACCACUCGUGGAUUCCAAUGCGUCGCCACAAAUGCCUAAGCUUUCGCGCGCGCCCAACGUCCCAGGCAUAUACGAAGAAGAAGAAGUCGCGUCUUCCCCGGAAGGAGACGAAGAAGAGGCAGAGCGCAUACCUAGUCCUACAAUUCGGCGAAAAGUCAAGUCAAGACUAGCAGCAUCCCGCCUCCCAUUACCCGCCCGAGUUUCCUCGCCUCCGCCACUACCAACGCCACCGCAAGCUCCGCCAGAGGAACGAGGGCCAUCGAGCAAGAGGAAAGCGGGGAGGAGAGAGAGCGGGCUUCUCAAUGUAAGUACGGAUGGUGGGGAUAGGAUUAUACCGCCGAGAGCUGCUAGCCCCGCUUUCGGGUCUCCUGCUCGUAGGGAGGCUGGUCUGGCUGAAGACGAUGAGGAACAAGAGAUUGUCAGGAAAUCGAGACUACCACCUGCCCAGGAUGAGGACUACGUUCCAACAGCAAAGAAAGAGAGGGAGAAAAAGAUGAAGCAGGUUGAACGAGAGAUACCAUCAGAAGAGGGUGAGGCUGCCGCUUCCUCACGAGUGCGGGAGAGGAAACGACGGAGACACGAGGACUACUCGGGCCUUAAGGAUGUCACAAACUCACCGAGAAGCCGUGCCAUGCUACCACCGUUAGACACUAAUGCAUCAGAUCGGGAUCGACAGCACACGCCUGAUACAGAUGGAACAACGCCCAUAUCCGCAGUCGCGUCGCUGGCCACGACCCGGAGCUUCUUGUCCACGCCAGCAACUACUCCUGCUACGACGACAUCUCAGAUCUCGCAGUUGCCUACACCUCGAGCAUCUUCUAGCCCGGUCCCUCCGCCAUGUGCUUCUACUUCUGAACUAGAAGCAUCUGCGGUAGGGCGCGAACGUCGCACACGGAAAAGUGUUAACUACACUGAGCCAAAGCUCAACACGAAAAUGCGAAAACCUGACGCUCCACCCACGCAGCCCACAGCCGCUGCAGCGCUCAAGAAGAGGUCGUCAACAACUAGUGUUCAAGAUGAGGAUCCCGAGCGCAGACCGUCCUUGGAGGGCUUUUCACAGUCCAAGACUUCCAUCCCUGAUUCUCGCUCUUCGUCAGGCACAUCAAGUUCAUCCUCAGCUGCCGCCCCCGCCGUCGUGAAGAGGAAGAAGUCUCGCCCUUACGUUGAAGUAGACGACGACGAAAGUGAGGGCGCCCAAGCUGAUGCUGAAUACGGAAACAUCAAUGGUUGGGUCAAUGUCGAAGGACGUCGACGGAGCGUACAGCACAGUGCUGCCCGUCGUGCACUUGAAGCUGAUGACGGCAGACGGCAUAGCUUGGCCGUGUGAUUCUGUCCUGAUAGUGGUGCUGUAUGACCUGAAUCGCUUGGUUCCAUAUGGCAUCCGUCCCCGUAGGAUUAUUUUAAGUAUACUAUUCAUCAUGACCGUAUGAAACGCUAUCGAGACAAACAAGCAGGUGUGCCACUAUCAUACAAAUACCACAUAUUUCCCUUGUAAUUAUGCGUUCAAGACCUAACCUUGUCUUCCAUAUUCUGAGUGGUAUACCGC